AUGCCCAACAUACAGGACUAUUUCAUUUUCACAUCGAAUGUAGAUGGACACUUUGCACAAGUUUUCCCACAGGAAAAGAUUGCCGAAUGUCAUGGCUGUAUUUUAUAUUUGCAAUGCACAAAUUCUUCCACCUGUGAGGAUAUUUAUAGUGUGAAGAAACAUAAUGAGUUUUAUGCGGAAACACAUCCAGAGACUUGCUAUCCAUUGCCUGUUGAUAUGGAAUCGUUUAGAGUACCAGAGAAAUCACUUCCUAAAUGUAUUCAUUGUGGAUCUCUUGCCAGACCUAAUAUUAUGAUGUUUGGAGAUUAUGGAUUUGUUGGUGAUAGAUCUAAUGAACAGGAGGAUAGAUUGAGAGAAUCAUUUAUCAAGUGGAGAGAGGGAAUUGAUAAAACUAAAAAUGUGGAAAAUCAAAUACAUUUGGUCACUAUUGAAAUUGGUGCUGGUGUUGAUGUGAAUACUGUAAGAUGUGAAAGUGAGGAAAAGACAAGAAAAUAUGCAAAUAUUGACCAUGUUAAAACAACCUUAAUUAGAAUUAAUCCAACUGAUCAUCAAAUUCAGCAAUUCUCUAUUGGAAAGGGAGUCGGUAUUGAAAUUCCUCUUGGUGGAUUAGAUGCUCUCACUCAAAUCAAGCAAAGAAUUGCAGAAUUGAAAUAA